GCUCAAAAAGGAAUGAGUGACUUGUUACGUAACGCAUGUGCUGAAGCCAAGGAAGGUAAUUCCACCAUCAAACAACAGGUCCGUGACAUUGGCAACAAGUUUUUAAACUCUGUUGAAAUAAGUGCACAAGAAGCAGUGUACAUCAUUCUGCAACUUCCCAUGAGAAAAUCUUCUCGAAAUGUUGUAUUCAUCAACACAUCUCCUCCAAAUGAUCGUGUUGAACUGUUGAAACCUCUCAGUGAGAUUGAGAAGAUGUCAAACGAGUCUGAAGAAAUUCACUCUGGUGGACUUCUGAAACGAUAUGUAGAACGACCAGACAGUUUAAAAAAUAUUACAUUAGCUGACUGGGCAGCUUGGUACGACUCAUCUGGGCUGAACAAGUACACGAAAUCUGUUAAAAAAUCAGAUAUUGACAUAAAUAAUGAUGAUGACCUAGGUGUUCAAAACA